UUGUUAUGUGUACAAGUGGUUGUGUUGUGUGGUACCGUAUGGAUUUCGCUUUUAGAUUUUAACUUUUUUUAGAUUUUAGAAUAUGUUAGUGUCGAUAAUUCGCAGUCAUGAUAAUCAGUGAAUCUCAUAAAAUCCCAAUCAAUUAUCAGUGCCAAUCCAUGUUAUCCCUCGUAGACGCUGUGUCUACCCGUGCUUUACCGUGAUUGUUUUCAUUCAUAAGUAGGGCACAUCUCAAUUUCACUCACACAAUGAAAUCUUCCAUUUAUUCCAUUCCAUCCAUCAAUACUCAUUACUUUGUGUCCGUUUAUCUCCUAGUUUUAUUAAACGCAUGCUUCUGCGCUGAUCUAGUGAUCCAGAUUCCAGGAAACCUCAGUCAAGACAGUGGCUCCUAUCGACUUGACUACUCACCUCCUCAUGGGAAACCUGCCCCGAACACAACAAUCGCCUCUCAUAACAUUGAGGAUGUAAUUCAAUUCUCUCAGUGCCUUCCUGGUACCAAGUAUGAUUUUUGGCUGUAUUACUCAAAUUCCUCUGUUCAUGAUUGGUUGACAUGGACGGCUUCUGUGACAACAGCCCCUGACCCACCAUCAAAUCUCUCUGUAAAUGUCAAAGGUGGAAAAUCGGCGCAAAUUAGUUGGAGCCCACCAGCACUGGGUCACUAUUCUGGGUUCAAAUUAAAGGUGUCGAGUUUAUCGGAAGCCUCUCCAUUAAGAGUCUCUACGCCUCCUAGAACCAUUCCCCUAGGAGAAAAUGCCAGUCCGUACAUGUUGCGAGAGCUAACACCAGGAGGAUCAUACCAAGUCCAGCUUUUCAGUGUUUAUGAUAAUAAGGAAAGUGUCGCAUACAUAUCUCGGAAUUUUACUACAAAGCCAAACACACCUGGUAAAUUUAUUGUCUGGUUCCGAAAUGAGACAACACUCCUUGUAUUAUGGCAACCAUCCUACCCAGCCAAUAUUUACACCCACUACAAAGUGUCAAUACACCCACCGGAUGCCCCAGAAAGUGUCCUUUAUGUCGAAAAGGAGGGAGAACCCCCUGGCCCAGCACAAGCAGCCUUCAAAGGACUCGUCCCUGGACGGGCCUACAACAUAUCUGUCCAAACUGUAAGUGAAGACGAAAUUUCUGCUCCAACCACAGCUCAAUACGGAACUAUACCGUUGCGUCCUGUUUCACUUACUUAUGACAAAGCAUCUGUUACUUCCCAUAGCUUCAAAGUUCAUUGGGAACCACCCAAAGGAUUUAGUGAAUUCGAUAAAUAUCAAGUCUCAGUGAAUGUGCGUCAACAAUCACGUUCAACUACCCCUAUUCUGAAAGGUCGUGAUGAACCAACCGAGUGCGAGUUGAGUGAUGGUCUCGAACCUGGUCGCACUUAUCUUGUUCUCGUCAAAACUUUCUCUGGCAAAGUCGCCAGCUGGCCUGCUGCUGUCAAUGUCACAUUAAAACCUCUACCAGUUUAUAACUUGCAGUCUUCAAUAAAUGAUUCGACUGGUGAUUUGACUAUCUCAUGGACUCCCGAUAACACCAGUUAUCAAGAAGCCUACAAGAUAAGCUAUGCUGAAGCAGAAUCAAUUAAUGGAGAAUAUAACCAAUUUACAACAGAUAAGACUGAAUAUGUGCUUGAAUCUCUGUUGCCUGGACGCAACUUUUCCAUCUCAGUCCAGGCAGUUUCAAAUGGCAUGGAAAGCAAUGAGACAACAAUUUACAUCGUCACUCGUCCCUCCGCUCCUAUUAUUGAAGAUCUGAAACCAAUAGAAUUUGGACUGAACAUCUCAUGGAAGUCUGAUGUCAACUCAAAGCACGAGAAGUUUGAGGUUAUCCAUUUGAGGAAUGGAACGAACCAAAAACCAAUCACCACGAUCACAACAGAACCAAACCUCCUCUUGGACAAUCUCUAUCCUGGCGCUGGCUAUCAAAUAGAAGUUUACGCCAUCAGUCAUGGUCUCAGAAGUGAGCCGCAUGAAUACUUCCAAGCUGUUUAUCCGAGGCCCCCGAAAAAUCUAACCAUUGAAAAAAUAACCAGCAAUAUGGUCAUUGUCAAAUGGAAAGAACCAUCUGAUACAAUUUUCUCUGAAUAUUUAAUCAAGUACCGGACAGAGGAAGAAAAAACUUGGGUACGGUUACCUGGUGUAACAGGCCCUCCGGAAGCAGAGAUAGCUGAAAUGACCCCUGGGGAACGCUAUAUAAUUCAGGUUAACACCGCGAGCUACGGAGUUGAAUCGAUUCAUCCAUUACAAGUUAAUCACACAGUGCGACCUAAUCCAGUAUCGAAUAUUGCUCCUCUCAUCGACUCAACCAAUGUAACUCUAGAGUUUCCUCGACCUGAGGGUCGCAUUGAGUAUUAUGUCAUAACUUGGACUCCUCUUGGGCCAGAAGCAAAAACAGAAACUGUAAGAAGAAAGAACAUGACGGAUUCUGGCCCGGAGGAAGGGAAACAAGUGAUUGUUCAAGCUCUUGUUGAAGAUCUGACGCCUGGUGUCAAGUACGACUUUGACAUCUAUACCGUUUCAUAUGGUCUGGAGAGUGAUGUUACUUCGUUAUCCACCCGAACACUCCCUCUUAUUCUGUCAGAAGUUCUUGUGGUCAACAAUCAGCAAGCAACCAAUUCUGUCACGCUCCGCUACACGCCUACGCCCCAAUCCCAGUCACACUUCGAUCUGUACAGAUUUUCAUUGUCGGAACCAGGCAUUCCGAUCAAAGAGAAAUCCGCCAAUGACACAGAAUGGAAAGUAACAUUCAAUGACCUCAUGCCAGGCCGUCUUUAUAACAUCACUGUCUGGACAGUAGCGGAUGGUGUAGCCAGCCAGCCUCUGCAAAGACAAGACAGAUUAUAUCCUGAACCGAUAACAAGCAUUAAUGCAACUCAAAUCACUGACACUACCGUAACUCUUAAUUGGGACACCCCAACAGGAGAAUUCAAUGCAUUUGAAGUUCAGUAUUUAAAUACUGAGGGACUCCUAAUCCAGAACCUAACUCUGCAUAACUCCAUCACAAUUUCAGACUUAAAACCACAUCGUAACUACACGUUCACAGUCGUUGUUCGCUCUGGCACUGAGUCGUUCAUUCUUCGCCGCUCCCUUCCUGUAUCGGCCAUCUUCCAAACUUUAGAAUCUGUACCUGGAAAAGUUGAGAAAUUCCACCCAACUGACAUUCGACCAAGUGAAAUCAGUUUUGAGUGGGCUUUACCAGACAACGAAGCCAACGGAAUCAUCCGGAAGUUUACCAUAACUUAUGGACUACAAGGAUCAUCUCACACGGAAGCGCGAGAUUUCAAGCCUUGGGAGUUCCGUGGUAUUAUUAAAGGCUUGCAACCUGGUAAAGCUUAUACGUUCAGGAUACAAGCUGAAACAAGAAUAGGCUAUGGACCAGAAGUAGUAUGGUCUGAGAAAAUGCCAAUUUUGCCUCCUCCAAAGCCGAACAGUCAAGUGGUUCCUACAGAAGUGUGUCGCAGCUCCACCACGAUCCAAAUUAGAUUCAGGAAGAACUAUUUCUCGGAACAGAAUGGACAGGUGACUAUGUACACAAUCAUUGUCGCAGAAGAUGACUCUAAAAAUGCCUCUGGUCUAGAGAUGCCUAGUUGGAGGGACGUUCAAGCUUAUAGCGUGUGGCCCCCCUAUCAGGUUAUGGAACCAUAUUAUCCAUUCAAGAACUCAUCUAUUGAAGACUUCACCAUUGGAGAGGAAAUUUGUGAGGGACAAUCAACCGGUUACUGCAAUGGUCCCUUGAAAAGCGGAUCAACAUACAGAGUCAAGAUCAGAGCAUUUACAGCACCGGAGAAAUUCACUGACACUGCAUAUUCUUUCCCUAUUCAGACAGACCAAGAUAAUACCCCAAUUGUAUUGGGGAUCAUUGGUCUAGCAGGGCUCAUAGUCCUCAUUCUUGUGAGCUUGUUACUUCUACGGAGACGCCGUUUUGCAACCAAAAAUACGACUGAUCAUCGUGGACAAGAUUGUGCUUCCCUUGCUGACAGUAUUAUUGAAACCAGUCGGCCGAUUCGCCUAGACCAGUUCGCAGAACACUAUAGAAUCAUGUCUGCUGAUUCUGAUUUCCGUUUCUCUGAGGAAUUUGAGGAGCUAAAACAUGUCGGGCGAGAGCAGUCUUGCAGUGCUGCGGAUCUUUCUUGUAACCGUCCGAAAAAUAGAUUCACAAAUAUUUUACCUUAUGAUCAUUCACGCUUCAAAUUGCAGCCAGUGGAUGAUGAAGAAGGCUCUGACUAUAUUAAUGCCAAUUAUGUCACAGGUCACAACUCUCCGAGAGAGUUUAUUGUAACACAAGGACCUUUGCAUUCUACCCGAGAUGACUUCUGGCGCAUGUGCUGGGAGAGCAAUAGUCGUGCCAUUGUGAUGCUCACAAGGUGCAUUGAGAAAGCGCGAGAGAAGUGCGACCAUUACUGGCCAUAUGACACUUUGCCUGUCUACUAUGGUGACAUCUCUGUUACUAUGCUCAAUGAUACGCAUUAUCCUGACUGGAUCGUCACUGAAUUCAUCAUGUGCCGGGGUGAUCAAAAACGUAUAAUUCGUCACUUCCACUUCACAACGUGGCCUGACUUUGGUGUACCAAGUCCUCCACAGACUUUAAUAAGAUUUGUUCGCGCCUUUAGAGAACGGAUUGGUCCUGACCAAAGACCCAUCGUUGUCCAUUGCAGUGCUGGAGUAGGCAGAUCCGGUACGUUUAUCGCUUUGGAUAGGAUCCUUCAACAAAUAAAUCACAGCGACCAUGUGGAUAUAUUUGGCAUCGUAUGGAACAUGCGCAAAGAGCGCGUCUGGAUGGUUCAAACAGAGCAGCAGUAUAUUUGUAUCCACCAAUGUUUACUGGCUGUGCUAGAGGGCAACGAAAACAAUGGUCCCCUCAGAGAGAUCCAUCAUAACCAAGGCUAUGAAGAUGACGAGGGUAUUGCGGAGUCAGGAAUCUGAAACUGCUAAAACUUCCUGAAGUGGAAGUGAUAAAUUUUAAGUAUCCUUGACUUUUUAGUUGUUCAUUAAAGGCUGUGUUAUCCGACUGGGGAAGCAAUCUAAGUUAAGAUGUGGGAAAAGGAUUCCAGAAGUAUGUGUCAGUUCGUUGUGAAUCAUGGAAUAACUAGAUCGAUUAAUUUGAAACAAUGCAUCCAAAUUGCCCCAAUUUUUUUGUGAAACUCAUGUCAUCAAAUGUUCAUGAUAUUUUAGCAUUUUAUUGUCCUUAAAAUUUGGAGCUGGUUGAGUUUGUUUUCAAAAGAGAUAAGAUCUUUGCACAAGAUGAAGGAAAAUUUUGUAAAUCUUCUUUUGCCUUUAGUAUUCGAAAGGUUUUAAAGCUGACCAGGAAUCUUUUUCCCAUGUCCGUAUUUUUGUCCAUAUUUCUGAUGCUGUAUCAUGAUCAAAAAUAAGUAUUAUGUAAUUGAAGUCAAGUGUGCGUCAAAUAAGUCAGUAGAAACUAACUUGAUUGGACUCCUUCUAGAGGAAGAAGCUUUUCGUUUCAAGAAUCUCGCUCGUUAUUUUAGGUUAUUUCUUCUUAUUUAUUACCCUUGUAUUUUGACAUAAUUAAUGAUCUAUGACUCGAAAUUUUAGGCCCUAAUCUCAUAUCUCUGGACUUUCUGUAAAGCCCUUUUUACCCAAUGCAAUCAACUAUACGCAACCGUAUAGGCAGUUGUUCAACUGACUGCUCAACUGAUCGUUUGACUAUUUGUUUGACCUUUCAAGAAGAGCAGCUUAUUUUUUUCUGAUAAAACUAACAUAUCAUAUCACAUCACGCUCUUAUUCGUCAAGUAACGUUUUGAAUCGUAUCCAGUGAGACAAACAGUCAAAUGGCCUCUCUCAUAAUGUUAAUAGAGCCAAGGCACAAGAUUUGAAAUUUUUAAUUUCCCUUAAGUAUGAGGGUGUCCCGUUUUUGUUCUGAUGGAACUCAUCAUUAGCCCAUGACAAUGCAUCUUCUCUUUUUCACCCUUUUCAAAUGUAUGUAUAAUGAGUGUGUAGAAUUCCCUGUUUUGGAUUUUAUGUAUUAACUGAAUCUUAUUGAUCACCACUAAAAUUCAGAAUGUUGAGUGAGCACUGGAUUGUAAAAGCUGGAAAGAAUAAGGGGUAAUAAUGUACCCUCAAAUUUGCAGUAUAACGGAGACUGUCAAGAAAAAGAUGGUAAUUUUUACCUCUUACCUUAUUUCUCUGAAUGGUUUAAGUAAUUAAUUUCCGCUCCACGAAUAAGAUUUUUGGAAAAUUCCAAUUAUUGAUUAGGAAAACCGGGAACUUAGAGUCAGUUUUAGAAUUAAUGAUAGCAGCUGCCUUUUUUUCAAAUGCAUAUCAGGAAAUAAUUACUCAAAAAAUGUCAUGCAUUUUCAUAAUUAAGGUCUAAAGAAGCCUUGGUAAAUCAACCCUGGUUCUCAAUAAAAUUUGUGGGCAACCUAAAAUCGCAGAAUUAGGUCAAUUAAUAAUCCUUUAAUUGAAUCAUUUUUGUCCGAAAUAUGUUGAAUUUUUACCGAAAGAAUGUUUCUUCUUUAUCAGAAGAAACAUCUUUAUUAAAAUGCCCUGUUCAUUCAAGCAAAAUCCUAAGCAAACCUGUUAACAAUAAGCAUAUCCCACAAGAAUUUCCGUUUCUUCGAAAUGAUCAAGCUGAGCUCAUAUUCUGAAUUGUAGAGGUUAGAUCAUAUUGAUUUAGCCCACUCUGUGGCAACAAAUCAGUCUGUUUAAUGAGGAAAUCUCCCUUAGAGAACUUUGAAGGAGAACAUCAUGACAUUAUACUGGCAGGAAAGAUGUGUUCUUUUAGAAAUCUCUCAAUCAUAUCGCUUAGUCACCUCCAAUUUGUCAAUUUCCUCUGCUUUAAGUGAAAGGCCUUAUAGAAUUGUUUUAUUGGACUUUUCACAAUUUUCCAUCUGUUUAUCAUAUUUCAUCUGGGAACUUUGCCAUCAUUAAUGUUCCAAAUUUUGAGUGAAAAUUUCUGAUUGCCGAAAAUUUUCAGAUGACAUUAUGAACCUAGCCAGAGAUUCAUCUGUUCAUAGAUUACAAUACAGAAAACGAUUUUAAAUCAUAAUAUGUAAAUACCUCUGUAAAAGCAUUUGCACUAAUAGGCAUUAGCGCGUUUAAAAUGAUGAGUUUCCAUUACCUCUCUAUGUAAUAAAACUGAGAGAUUGUUCCUAAUUUUACUCGAUUCUUCUAAAAAAACUGUUUAAUUUUAAAGAUUCUAUUUAUAGAAACACACCGAGACCAUAGCUCAAUCUGGUUUCACCCUUACCAGAAGUAUCGGGAACAUGAAUCAUGUUUCAUUACCAACCAUUGAAUUGUGUGUAUAUAGUUUGAAAUUGUUCUUUGAAACUUUGUUUUUUAUUUUAUAUUAACUUCAAAUGCUUUUGUAGAUGACAUUGUCCAUUUAUUAGAUACUAAGCGUUGUUUUAUAAGACUCAUUUACAGUAUUUUAUGUUUUUUGUAUCGGAAGUUUUGACUGCUCUUUCAAAGAAAGAGCUUGACUCUGUUCAAUUUCGGGGGCAACCAGUAGUCUGAAUACUCGCACUAUAUGUACUUAGAUGCAUUCAGGCGUUUCUCGUGAUCGGAAUGCUGCGAUGCACUGUUUUGAUAUUAGCAAAGCUAAAAGGUAGAAAUGCUAUAAUCCCAUUUUUUUAUUGUGAAUGGUUUAAUAACUUUUGACUGUUAUUAUUUUAAGAUAUCAUGUUUUAGAAGCUCGCAGGCCCAUUGUCUAUCUCAAAAGUUCAUUUCAUUACUUUACAAUUAUCAAUGUCAGUAAAAAUACUAUUUUGACAAAUCAUUGAAUGUAACUAACGAGCAAAUUGAAAUAAACUAGUAAAAAAACUGCAUGUAUGCAGUUAAUUGUUUUAAAAGUAAUUAAUUGUUAACAAAUUCAGGCUGUAUGUAUUUCAGGAGUAGCUGAUUUUCUUUUUAUUUUCUGAAAUUAAAACUUUAAACGAGAGCUUAUUAUUACAAAGAAAGCUUAAGGCAUAUAAUAUUCGUUGAUGGUGAAAUUAGAAAAAUGUACAUCUUGAUCGCAAUGUUUUCAAGUGAGAAUUACCUGCAAGGUAUUUUCAGGAAUUAUUCUUGAAAAGUUAAAGAGACAUCCUUAGGAAUUCAGUGCAACAAUCAUCAUUGAUCUUUCAUCUCUAAAGUUAACUGCGACAAAAAAUCUACACUGACCUAAACCUAGGUACAUGUUUUUCUAGUUCUCACCAUCGAUUUACAGCGCUCUCUGAAUAGAAAAUUGGACGCAUUUCUGUCAAACGGAACUAUGUGCAUUAUGACAUGAGCUCUAAGACCCAUAAGAAUGCAUGCAUAACAGGGCUCACGUUAUAAUGCACAUAGUUCUGUUUGACAGAAAUACGUCCAAUUCAGUCAAAUUGGUUACCAAUUGACUGUUUUUAGAAGAGAAAGUGAGGAAGAGCUUUCUUCCUCCUUAACCUUCCAUUGAUUUCGAGAAGAAAUAAGUAAAACAAUAAUAACUUCUGUCUCUGUAAAUAAAACUACAGUCGAAUGGAUUUUUCGCAGGGGGUUUAUCUAUUACUGUUUUCCAGAGUUGUACUGCUUCAUCCCAGUGUGCUGCCUUACCCUCAAAUGUUUAGGAGCUACCUUAGCGGGAAAGCUCAAUUUUUCGGAGUCAAAUCAAGUUUUUGCAUAGGCUAUGCUGUUUUGCUGAAAGUUUUUGUCUCAUUCUCAAAUCUUCUCUUUCUUGGGCUGCUUUCUUGCGUCCAUGCGGUGAACAGUGCAUGAAGAGGACUAACGCUGCUUUGCGCUUGCGAGUUGGAAAAAAUCUACUGGGUGCGUCAAUUUUCCAGGCACCUCGAUGACCCAGCUUUCCCAAUUUUUAGGUGCCAAGCCCGAUUUUUAGACUUAUGGAAGGCAGAACACUGUCUCAUCCCGUUACCUGUAACCCAGGAGACUGAAUGCCUAAAUAUUUUUGAAAACCUUAUGUGGAGUAUGAAGAAAAAGUGCCGAAAUUUUUAGAAAUAUUCAUCUCCUGGCUCUCAAAGUGAAGUAGACAAUUCAGACACAUAGUAAUAGCUUGUUUUUUAUUUUUUUUUUAGAAAAUUAAUUUUUGUUGUAUUUACCCAUUAAUGUAAGUGUCACCUUUGAGCAAAAGCCUCCAUUAUCUAGACUUAUAAAUGACAAAUUUGGAUGGAGUUUAGAUCUGAUUCUCAGCUGUUAAUAAUUUUAUCUAUGCAUGAGUGGUUUUACUCCUUAAAAUCAUGUGAUUUUUGUUAUUUGUAAAUGUGAAAUUUUAUUUAUUUUUCUUUCCAUUUUGUAGAAAGACUCAUUAAUCGUUUGAAUGCUUUGGAAAUAUUCCUACGUAAAUUAAUGUAAUCAAUUAUAGAACAAAAUAUAAGUGAACUGGAACAAACUUUGGACUGUAGGUACUCAUUUUUCAUUGACAUUGUCUGAGUUAACAAAAAGCGGCAUUCCCUAUAGCCUCAAAGUAAUUUUUUGGCGAUUGUAGUCAGUCAAAGUAAAUUUUUGCAUAUAUUUUCAAGAUUUACCCUCUGCCUUUUAGAUUGUUUUCGUCCUAUUGAUCCAUUUCAUGUGUAAUCUCAAGGUGCUUCUGUGUUUACAUAGCUACAUCAGAAAGGAGGCUAAAAUUCAAUCUUAAAAUUAUUCACAGAAAGAAAUUGCUAGAUCUGAGUCCCUUUAUCUGAAUGAAUGUCCAUACAUUUUUGCUAUGUCAGUAUUAUUUAAUUUGAGGAAUAUUAUUACUCAUUGUCCCCAAAAAUGCCGAAAAAUUCAAGGAAGAGGGUUCUGGAGGGAUUUUGCAAUGUAUUUUAAGUUUUGUAAAAAGUCAGUAUUAAUUAAAAAUUCAAGGAAGAGGAUUCUAGAGGGAUUUUGCAAUGUAUUUUAAGUUUUUUAAGAGGUCAGUAUUAAAUUUCUUAAUUGUUAAGAGAUCUGAUUUUUAUAUUUUUGUUUCUCAAGUGGAUGUCCAGUUUAAAUUUUUAUAUCAGUUCUUUUUAAUUUUUUAAACCUAAUCAUUGUUUUAAAAUGAAGUUUGAAGAUCUGUAAUUCCUUUGUCUAACAUAUUAAUGUAUGAACUUUGGUUCCCAUUUGAAGGGCUCCAUUUAUGGAAAGAAUUGUAUGCAGAAAAUAAUUUCCCAUGCGAAAUCCAUCUUGUCGUCAGAAUGAAAAAUUAUCAUCCAUUGCAUCCAUUGAUGUACAUUAUCUGUAGUUUUUAGUCUAAAUGACUUCAUAUUAAUUUUCAAGUAUGUACUUGGAAAGUUUUCUAUCAUCCUCCUGUAUCCUUUUACUCAUUUUCCUUCCUUAAUAAUAUUUCCAUUAGUUUUUGACACAUAUAUUCUGCAAAAAAAAUCUAUCAAAGUUUAUCAAACUGCGACAUAGUAAACCCUCAGUAGGGCCCUUCGAUUAUUGGCACACUGACUUUGGGAUUUUAAUUUUUUACCCUUUGGACAAUUAUCUACCUCCUGUGGGAUCAAUUAACCUAAUAAAAUACCAAAUUAGUCAUAAAUCCAAACUAAUUUGAUGUGCACUACAAGAGUGGAGAAAUAAAUCGCUGAAAAUGAAUAUGGUUCAAAUCACACACUAAGAACCAUAGAGAGUAUGAAAGAGCUGUCAAUGCAACAGAUUCUAACGUACCGUAUCAAACUGUUUUAAGCAUUUUUUUCAAACUUGGAAGGAAUGGCGAGAGUGGUAGUCAAUUUUUGGAUGCUGCUGCACAAAAUACACUAAAACUUAACUUUUUCCAGCUGAAUGGAUUCACCUACAAGGGUAGGUUUAAAAAUCAGUGUAUAGUCUACUAUAUUGUCCCUGAAGUACCUGUUUUUUUAACCACCCUUUGUAGAUAGGUCUAUUUUGUGCAACAAUGUGUAAUUAUUCUUUCACAUCUGACACCGCUAUUUUUUUUUCGUGUGAAAUGAUCGUUAUGAAAGCAAUACAUUUCAGCAGAAAUUUGAUUUCUCCCAAAAAUGCUAGGUUUGUUACAAAGAAAGCGGCAGUUAUCUUAGGAUCUAGUGUUUCAUAAUGAAUGUAUGUGUGAUCAUUCUCUCGCUCACAUUGAAAACUUUUGACCUUUUUUUUUGCAGAACUUUGUUAUUGUUUAUCGUAAGAGCUUAAAUAGAACGUAGUCUUCGUAUUUGUGAUUUUUGUAUGUGAUUUUCUCGUCUUCCGCAAUUGAAUACUUGUCCAAGAUUAUGCAUUUGAAACAUGCAUUUACUAUGUGCCUUUUAGUUAUAAGUAUGGGAUAAGUAUUUUGUAUUAUUUUCCCCUCCCUUUUUCCUCUCAACCUUGUAAAUGAGAUUAGUAUUAUUAUUGCUAGCUAUGUAAAUAUAUCUUACUGCUGACCUGAAAUGGUGAAGUUAUAGAUUGACUUCAAAAUCAGAUCAGAAAGACUGGACACGUAUUGUUGUUUUUACAUUUAGAAUCUCAUUGUCAUACAGUGAACUGUCACUCUUCUGGAUCCAUAAUUCUCAGAGUUUUUUAAUGGAAACAUUCAUUCUCAGUCUUUAUCGAAUUCAUCUACAUUAAAAUAUAUCUUUUUUACGAAAGUCAUUUACAAAGUUAGUUUUAUUGGAGUCUCAUUGUUAUUAAUAACAAAGUUGUUCCAAGUAAAACAGAUACUUGUAAUUUGUUAAACUAGUAGUGCCUUUAUUUUAGUUUACGAUGAUCCACCAUUUGGCAAAAUGUCUACCAUUCAAUGCAGAAAAAUCAAGUGUUUUCAAAGUAUAAAAUUUAGCAUGAUUUUUCUUUAGUGAUCUGUUUUUCUCUGAACAAAUGAAGUGAAACAAAAAAUUUUGUUACACUGCAAUCAAGAUAUUAUCAAAGUAUUAAAUGUAAAUUUUUGUUGGAAGUGGGUUCAUCCAAUUUGUUUACACAUUGAAUUUGUAACUUCUUUACAUUAAACAUUUCUUUAUAAUGAUUUCAUAUCAACGUAAUAUAGUUCUGUUUUGUUUUCUAACAACACUAUCAAAAGUACAUAAUGCAGAGUGUCCUGCUUGUAAUCUGUAAAAAAAGCAAGGGUCAUACUUCCUACAGAAACAUUCCCUAGAAAAUAUGUAUGAGUUGCAUGCGAAUAAAAAAUUAGAAUUUCGAUUUGCAAACAUCUGAGCCUCUCUUUUGAUCAAUAUUAAAGGGAUCCAAUUUUUCAAAGGCUUUAGCUCAGUAAUCACCUCUUUGACAUUCAAUAAAACGGAUUUUUGUGAUAAAGUACUUGGAGCCUCUAAUGAAUUUUGUAAUUUUGAAGAGCACGAAUUUGAAGAGUGAAAAAAAUACUUUAUAAGUGAGCAUCCAUGGGAAAAGAGAUAGUCCAUGUAGGCAACAUUUUCAGUUCGGCAAUUGCUGUCAAGUCAGGCCGUAAAAUCAGAUUUUGAGUUUUCAACAAAAAACUCUAAUACGUCUUACAGACCUUAUUGUGAGCAGUUAAAUCAGUUUAAAUAUCUGAACUAAGCAUGAAAUGACAUUAAAAUUCUACAGUUCUGUGCCCUGAGUGUGGCAGAUUAGAAUUUCAUGCAACAUUGUCUUGAAACAACAUGUUUUCGCACUGUAAAUUGCAGACCACCAUGAAUCCGCUUUGGUUCGACAUUUUUGGGGGUUUUGUUGGUGGUGGUGGGGGGCUCAAAGUGUUUGUAGCACACUUUUUUGUGCUUUGGUAUGAAUACCUCAAUUCUGAGUUUUUUUGGACCUAGGUCUCUUUUUCAAGUAUGGUCACAUAGGUACCUCCAUCCACUAGUUCAUAAUGCUUUUAUCACUUACAGUUGAUAUCGAUACAAUAGAGUUCUCAUUAAAGUUAUGGAGAAAAUUUCGAAAUUCAAGAAAUGAGUUCUCGUCUCAAAGCUCUUAAAUUCGAAAAAAAAAAUAAAAAAUUCAAGGAUUUCGAGAAAAACUCAAUCAAAAUUUUAGAUCUUGGAAAAAACUGUUAAAGUUCAAAAGUUUCAAAAGAACCAUUGCUGUAUCAAAUGAUCGGGAUAUUUACGUAGGUGUUCUGGUGUUUAUGAGUCAGACCUCGAUAUUUCCCCCGAUAAGGUCUAUAUAUUGUCAGAACAACUUUGCAGUGGCUGUGGUAAAUGGUUAAUUUGCUUCAUAUUUUAAUACUCUUUUUUAAAAGAAACAAUGUUUUCAAACCUUUUUCCGCUGUGAUCGUUUUUAAUGGAUUUUCUUGGAGGAAUGAAACCCUGCUUUCUGCUCAGUUUGCCUUUUACAUUUAUGAUCAAAUGUGCUCUUAAAGUUUUUAGACUGAUAAAAGAGACAAAACCAUCAUGGUACUUUUAUACUUUCCAAUUUUCGAGUUUUUCCUUGCGUUAUCUCAAAGAAAGUACACUUGUGUUCGGUUACUAUAUUCAGGACUCUUUCUUCGCUGGUGACAAUUUUUUAUUGUUAUCUGGCAAGUUCUUUUACAUCCAAGUUAUGUUGAAUUUCAAAUUUUUAUUCCUCUGAUCAAAUGUCGUGCUCAACAGGCACUACUUUUCCAUUUGUCCAAAAAAAUAUAUUGUUGUGGUUUUUAGGAAUCCUUUUAAUAUCUCUACCUGAAAAGGUAUAUCCCACUUUUUUUUGACUGAGCAUCACUGAAUUAAACACAUGUAUCUGUGAAAGGAGUAUUGAAAAGUAUGUACGUAGUGAAUAUGUAAGUAGAAUGACUGUACAUUGUUCUUUUAACCCCUUUUCUUACGUAGACAGAUUCAUUCCACUUGGUGAUGUUCAACUGUUGAUCAAACCUAAUAUGUCGUCAAACUCAUGAUGUAUUCAUGUUUCUGAAAAAAUAAUUUAAGUGUCAAAAAGUGUUUAAAGUGUAUUUAUAUAUAUUUUUUUUUCAUGGACAUAAUUUUGUGACAAAUUAAUCUAUCAUUAAAUACACAAACUACCAUCCUUAUGGAA